GCCAUCCAGAAUGGGGAUUCCGAAAGAGUAUUUCUGUAUUUGGUUCUUUUAUCCAAAUGAACUCACAUACUACCCAGCUACCCUACAGACAGUAUAUUCGAGAUCUGGCUGAGCUCAAAGCCAUUGGUCAAUCGCAAGCACGAGAGUUACGACGUAUCCCACAAUUUGCUUGUUUUUCGGAUGGCUGUCCCAUAAUCUGACCUAGUACAGGUUGGAAAAACACGAUCUCCAUUUUCGUAACCUGGGAUUGAUCAACCCUCAAAGGAACUGGACAAGUCACUAUCUAGCUAAGUUGACACUUGGAUGAAUUACGAGGAGGCUAUACUACAAGGUAUGAAGGAGGUGAUUCUAAUGUAAGUUUUAAAUAAUGCCAAACUUCCAACAUAUCAUUCCAUACAAAACAUCAUCUGAAGUAUGUAAAGAGUGCGUACAACGGUUUCAUGCUUAUCAGCUCUGCGGGUAGAGGACCCCGGAAGCUUAGCACGCAAUUGGAUAGGACACAGCUUCAACGAGUUGGUUUGGCUGAAGCGAUGUUAUCAUUAUGUGGAUUAAGCAGGGGACAGAGCCGAAGGGGCAUUUGGGUAUCAUUGACUUAGCGGGGUAGCAUCCAAUUGCGGGUAUACAUACCCUUUCUCAGUUCUGGCAAAGCUAUGAUGCAAAGUGCUUCGAGAUGAACGAGAGAUAACUGUUAUCAUGAUAAGAGACUCCUACUUGAUACACUUUAUCUACAGCUAGCUCGAUGUGGCUUCCCUACCAAUGCAAGGUAGAGGAUUCUGUGAUCUGGAAAGAGUACAAGAUAGACCAGAAAUACUCUGUGUCAAGAUCCAUUAUUCUUACACAGGAAAAUUUGUCCUUCAUCCCUCUUAACUGAUAUUGGGAUCUGUUAAAGAUGUCCUCAGAUCAUAAAUCAGACGACUACGAGCUCGGUCAUGGAGGCUCCAAGAACGAGGCUAUCGAACAAGGGGACAUCGAAGUUCACUCUGGUCAAUAUGGGAAUGGAAUAGUAGUAGAGUUUCAGGAGGUGCAAGCUGUCAAACAAGGCCUUCAUCAACGCCAUAUUCAGAUGAUCGCGCUUGCCGGAACAAUUGGUACUGGUCUAUUCCUUGGUUCUGGACGAGCAAUUGCAAGAUCCGGUCCUCUAGGUGCAUUUCUGGGUUAUUCGGUGGUUGGCCUCGCUGUUUCGAGCGUAGUGUUUGCUGUUGGAGAAAUGGGAGCCUUGAUUCCUCUCACUGGAGGACAAGUUCGUUAUGCUCAGCACUUCUUCGACCCUGCCAUGUCUUUCGCCAACGGCUGGAACCAAGUCUACUCAUACAUUGUCUCUAUUCCCUCCGAGAUUGUCGCCGCCGCAGUUUUGAUAGAAUUUUGGACGACCAUCAAUAAUGCUGUCUGGAUCACGGUUUUUGCCGUUCUCAUGAUUAUGACCGCAGUCACUUUCGUUCGGGUCUAUGGUGAAUUGGAGUUUACAUUUUCUAUGUUGAAAAUUAUGCUUGUCAUCGGAAUCAAUAUCAUGGCUCUCGUUAUUACUUGUGGAGGAGGUCCGAACCAUGAAUCGAUAGGCUUUCGUUACUGGAGGGACCCUGGAGCUUUCGUCCAGUACUUGGGUAUUGGCGGUAGUUUGGGUCGCUUCCUUGGGUUCUGGACAACACUCAACAAUGCUUUAUAUGCAUAUUCUGGAAUCGAGAAUAUCACCGUAGCUGCUGCCGAGACGAAAAAUCCAAGACGAGCAAUCCCCAUGGCCGCUAAGCGCAUCUUUAUCCGAAUUCUUUUGUUCUACGUUCUGACAAUCUUCAUGGUCGGCCUUGUGGUUCCAUCCAAUGACCCCAGUCUUCUUCAAUCUAGUGGUACUGCCUCAGAAUCACCGUUUGUUAUUGCUGCGAAGAAUGCCGGUAUCAAGGUUAUCCCAUCGAUCAUCAAUGCUGUUGUACUUACCUCCGCUUGGUCUUCCGGAAACUCCAGUAUGCUUGGCGGAACACGAAUUCUCUUUGGUAUGGCUAUGCAUGGACAUGCUCCCAAAAUCUUCACUAGAGUGAACCGUGCCGGUGUUCCUUAUAUUGCAGCUGCUUUGUAUGCUCUUUUCAUGUGCCUGGGUUACAUGACCUUGUCGAGUACUGCUAGUACAGUUUUCACUUGGCUUCAAGAUCUUGUCUCAAUCGCAACGUUGGUUAAUUGGAUAUCCAUCUUGCUCGUAUACCUCAGGUUUCAAGCUGGCUGCAAAAAGCAAGGAAUUAAUCGCCACACUGAACUUCCAUGGGCCGCACCAUUUCAGCCAUACACGACGUGGGUCUCUCUGGCCCUCUUUGUCAUUCUCCUCUUUACCGGAGGAUACGUGACUUUCAUUCAUGGUGAAUGGGACACUGAGACAUUCAUCUCGUCAUAUUUGAACAUUCCCCUCUUCCUGAUUCUGUUUUUUGGUUAUAAAUUUUAUGCCAAGUCAAAAAUGAUCUCUUUGGAGGAAAUGCCUAUUCGAGGAUUCAUUGAGAUUUACCAGCAAAACCCAGAGCCAGAGGAGGAGCCCAAGAAGGGGCUUGGAAGAUUGAAUAUUUUGUGGUCUUGAGAUCUUCUGCAGCAAUUUUGUCACAUAGCAUGUUUAGCAUUAUUAUUACAUAGUUACUCGAACAAGAUCAUAAUCAAAAUUUUACGUUUUUUGCA